UCCGUUCGCCGGUAGACAAGAGGCGAAUCAACUUGGGGCCAGAAAAUUUCCAAACCCUAGGCUCUGAGAGACUAUCUUUCUCCAAGGUUAAAGCGCGAUUCCGCCGUUGCGAUGAAGAGAAUGCUCGAACCCGAAUCGACCCAGGCGUUGGAGACGCCGCAGAAGCAGCGGAAAAUGGUGGAGCUGCCACAGGAAAUUGGGGAUCGCGAGAAUCAGGGAGAUGGCGAUGAGGAUGUCGAAUAUGAGGAAGUGGAGGAAGAACACGAAGAGGAAGUCGAUGAUGACGAUGAUGAUCCCGACGAAGACGGCGGAGGAGGAAGUGAGAAUCAGACGGUGGGCUUUGGUACGGAGGCGGCGACAUCGGGAUCUGGGAAUCAGGGAGGUGAAGAAGACGACGAGCCGAUUCAGAAUCUCUUGGAACCGUUCACUAAGGAUCAGUUGAUCAUUCUCCUCAAGGAAGCUGCAGGGAAUCAUCCCGAUGUGGCGAAUCAAAUCCGGAAGGUGGCGGAUGAGGAUCCUGUUCACCGCAAGAUAUUUGUACACGGGCUUGGAUGGGAUACCAAAGCCGAUGCGCUUAUCGAAGCGUUUAAGCAGUAUGGUGAGAUCGAAGAUUGCAAGGCCGUUGUUGAUAAGAUAUCCGGGAAAUCUAAAGGGUAUGGUUUUAUUCUCUUCAAGUCACGGUCUGGUGCUCGCAACGCGCUCAAGCAGCCCCAGAAGAAGAUUGGAAGUCGAAUGACGGCGUGUCAGCUGGCUUCGGUUGGGCCUGUACAGGGCAACCCGACCGCGGCCGCUACUUCAGCGCCUGCCCAGCACUCGACCUCAGAGUUUUCCUACAGGAAGAUUUAUGUCAGUAACGUGGCGGCAGAGCUCGAUGCCCAAAAGUUGUUUGCGUUUUUCUCGAGGUACGGAGAGAUUGAAGAAGGUCCCCUGGGGCUUGAUAAAGUCACCGGGAGACCAAAAGGGUUCUGCUUGUUUAUCUACAAGUCCCCCGAAAGUGCCAAGAGGGCUCUCGACGAACCGCACAAGAACUUCGAAGGCCAUGUUUUGCAUUGCCAGAAAGCUAUAGAUGGGCCGAAACCGGGGAAACAGCAUCAUCAUAACUCUCGCAAUCACAAUCCUCGUUACCAAAGGAAUGACAACAGUGGUUACAGUGCAGAUGGAGGUCAUGGACAUCUCAUGGCUGGUAACCAAGCUGGGAUGGCUGCUCCGCCGACACAGGCAUUAAACCCUGCUCUCGGUCAGGCCCUCACCGCUUUGCUUGCUGCACAGGGUGCUGGAUUGGGAUUGCAUCCAGCAAUGGGGCAGGCUCUGUUGGGAUCACUGGGAACAGCUACGGGUGUGAACCCUGCAGCUGUAGGUGGAAUGCCUGCAGCUUACGGCACUCAAGCAAAUAUUACACAAGGAGUCAUCCCUGGUUACGGUGCUCAGGCUGGCUUGCAAGGUGGCUAUCCGAGCCAGCAACCCGGGCAGGGCGGUGCUGGAAGAGGACAGCACGGCGGGCAAUAUGGUGCUCCUUACAUGGGUCACUAGAUAUGCCCACUCAGAUUUCCUGUGGUCUCCUUGUUCGACUGGUUUCUAAAGGAUUUUGUGUCGUGCAGAUAUCACAAAACAGUGUUUUAGUAUUGGCCUGGUCUGGUGAUUCUUCUGAAGUUUGUAUGGAGCUGAUGCAACCCAAGUCUUUGUAUUUUGGAUGAAAUGUUACUCUUUGGUCUCUCCAAUGCCGGACUGCUAAAACUAUUUCAGGACUUUUAGUUUUUAUCGACCUGUUUUCCUCAACUCCCUUUAUGAUAUUCGAAAAACAUUGUACUAUUUUCCGGAGUUAAUGUUUCAUUUUAAGUCUUUCUUGAACUUUC